AUGGCGACGUCAGGUCUUUACUCUGAACAUUUGACUUGCUCUAUCUGCCUCAGCAUCUUCACUGACCCAGUGACUCUCAUCUGCGGACACUCUUUCUGCCGACGCUGUAUCGUCAAUGGUGUGAACAAGCUGCAUCGGUGUCCACAGUGUCGGACAGCUAUUCCGGCGGAGGGGACGUGUCUUCAAACCAGCCACAUUCUGAAAGGCCUCGCUGAAAAGGCCAAAGAAGAAGAGAAGAUGAUGCAAACGAGAGUGACUGAGUUGUGCCCUGAACACGAAGAAAGGCUGAAGCUGUUCUGUGUCACGGAUCAGCAGUUCAUUUGUACCAUAUGCUGUAAUGGGGCGAAGCACAAAGGGCACAAGUUUACACCAGUAAAAGAAGCCGCUGCACCCUUGAGGAAGAAGUUGGAGAAAUUUGGGCAACACAUUGCUGAUGAUGUCAAUGCUACAGAGAGCCUGGCCAACACACAGAUGCAGGUGAUGGCAAACACCGUAGACAAGGCUCAGCAUCUGAGGACCCAGGUCAGUAAACAGUUUAAGGAGAUGCACCAGUUUCUGAAGAAGAGAGAAAAUGAGAUCAAGAAUGACCUGAAACACAAAGAAGAAAAUGCUCUGGAGGAAAUGGGCAGCACAUUAAAUACCAUGGAAAUUGCUUUGUCUGAGAGCAGAGUGCUGGAGGCAAUGGUAUCAUCUGUUCUGGAUAUCACAGACUCUGAGAGGUUCAUAAAGAGCUGGACUGAGAAUAACGACACUCUAGAACAUUUAUUCAGACCCAGAGCCAAGGAAUUACAAGUGGUAAAUGCCUCUCUCUCUUUGGGGCCUUAUGGAAGUCACCUGCAGUUCUUCAUGUGGAAGGAGAUGCUUCAGGUCAUUCAGCCCCGAGCAGAACUGCUGUCACUCAAAACGAACAGCAUGUAUAUAACGAUAUCUGAUGAUAGGCGGAGUUUGAUGUCUACUCCCAAAAGCACAACAACGCUGCCAAAUCCUAUCUCGGAUUAUGACUUGAUCAAAUGGCUUGGUCAAACCAAGACUCCCUCUUCAUUCGGCACCCCCAGAGGAUUGGGCCAAAUCAUGAAUCCUCCUUUGUUUGGCUCCUUCGGCCAAACCAUGACUCCUCCUUUGCAUUCAAGCACAAACCAUGCAUCCAGUGUCAAUGAGUUCUCCUCAGGGCAGUAUUACUGGGAGAUAGAUGUUGGGCACAGAGACUAUUGGGAACUAGGAAUAAAAGAUCAUUUCUUAAAAUGUGAUGAUCGAAAGUAUUCUACCAGUAGUCUGGAUGUUAUCACAGAGCUAUCGUUUACAGGCAGACCUCGAAAGAUCGGGAUUUACCUAGACUGCUCAUCCAAUAAACUCACCUUCUAUAAUGCAGACAACAUGUCACAUAUUUACACUUUAAGCUGUAGAAUGAUGUCCUCACCACUGUCUGCACAUUUUAACAUCCGACACAGAACACCAGAUCCUAACCCCAUGACGGUGUGCUAUUACUGAAAUGUGGCCAACAGGAAAUCUUUGGAAAACACAAAGUCAAGAUAAAUGACACAA